AGAUUUCAAGGUCACAGCUAUCGCUUCCUUGGGACAUCUGAAGUGGAUCCAGAUUCUGAACCUGACUCUGCCCGUUCACGUCAUGAUGAUUUCAAUUUUGGUGAAGUUUUUGUGCAUCAAAUGAUACAUUCCAUCGAGUUCGUUCUUGGGGCUGUAUCAAAUACGGCAUCAUACCUUCGACUUUGGGCCUUGAGCUUGGCACAUUCUGAGCUAUCAACAGUCUUCUACGAGAAGUUGCUCUUGCUUGCAUGGGGGUAUGAUAGUCUGAUCGUGAGAUCAGUGGGGCUUAUAGUUUUUGCCUUUGCUACUGCCUUUAUAUUGCUUGGGAUGGAAUCAUUAAGUGCCUUUCUUCAUGCAUUGCGUCUACACUGGGUUGAGUUUAUGAACAAGUUCUACCACGGGGAUGGCUACAAAUUCAAACCAUUUUCAUUUGCUCUGCUAGAAGACGACGAAGACUGAUAUACAUACCGAAUUCGGCACGUUGAAGAGAUUAAACUUGCUCUUGAAAAUUUUGGAGCACAGUUGUGGAACUUCGUGAGAAGGAUAGGUUUUCCCCAAUACACAGCAUUUUGUCACACCACCAGACUUCUUCCCAAGCACCUGCAGUCGUUGGUUGAGGCUGUCAGACGAGGGGAAGGAGAUUUUGUAAUUUUACGGUAAUAUUGUAGAGGGCAGGCUUGUCGUACAGUGCCUCCUGUGGAGAGGCAGAUUAUAGUAGCUAACGAAAAGAUAGAAAUGUAGAUUUGAUCAGUCUACUUUUAGCUGUCACAUUUUGUCACUUACUAGAGGAGAAAAAAUGGCACAUCAUCAUUACUGUGUCCCACUGUAAGGCAUGAGAUUCAUCAACUAUAAUAUCUGUUUAUUGAAAUAAUCAUGUGAAGUAUUCUUUU